UAGCUGAUUUGUGUGGUCGGUUGAUAGAUGUCGGUGAGCUCCUAUGAUAUAACGUCAGUUUUUAGCCAUUGGUGCUUUACGUGAAAAUGCAUAGAUCGCAUUGUUAGUUUUUUGCAGUGUUUUCCAAACCUUCACCAUAUUGACAUUAUUCUUGCGGCUGACAACGAUUUCCUUCACCAACCAAUCACCGUAUUUAUUUGUGGCUUAUUCCAAGUACAUAAAUGUGAGCUGUUUGUUUCGUAGUACAAAUUCGCAUAGGAAAAUUUUGAAACUAUAAUUACAAAGUGGAAAAAUGCACAACAAUAAUAAUAAUAAAAUCUGUGGUUCCGCUAAUGGCUUACGGAAGUGUUGUUAGUGAUUAGUGGCUCAUCGUAAACAAAACGACUAAGAUCGUUUGUUGCCUUAAAAUAAAAGUUAUUUAUUUGCGACAUCGUCACCACCGGUAUUUCUGUACUAAUGCAAUAACAAAUAGCUUUCUAAACUUCGUGGACAUUUAAAUAGAAACAGAAGAAAGUUUUAAAUGGUUAUAUAAAACUGGUUUAUUUGAGAAUUAUUUAUAAACCUUCGCUGACACAAGCAGAUUCAUUGACUGCAUUGCAUAAAACUAUUUAAAAUAAGUCGAACAUUACGUUCCCUUUGCUUAACGUUUGGGCGAAACGAAGCGAUCAAAAAGUUCAGUGAUAUUGCAGUGCCUCCUGUUGCCUGCUUGUGUUAAAGGUUGCUCACUUUAUAAAUACGGAGUAAAUACAAAAACAAAAAACCGCUGUGUGGUUCAUCGUUAUCACUUACAAUGUCAGACAAGACUCUCAAGUAUGCGAAAUAUUCACAAUUCCAUUUCUCAAUUGCCGAUUACUGUGUUUUCACGGCGAUGCUCUUGUUGUCCACAGGAACGGGUAUCUAUUUUGGCUACAUAAGAAAGAAGCCAGUUAAACCAAUCAGCGGUUUGCAGUUGAAUAACCACAAAGAACCAGACUUUGGUUCCACAGCAAUGAGUGAGUACUUGUUGGGCUCGAGACGACUGAAAGUAUUCCCGGUGGCAAUGAGUCUUGUUGCUAGCUACAUUUCCGGUGUCACUAUGCUGGGCGUACCAUCGGAAAUCUACAGUUAUGGCACUCAAUAUUGGCUAAUUAUUGUGCCGGUUAUUUUGAUGGCAAUUGUAGUAUCAAAAGUUUAUUUACCUGUCUUCUCGACGCUCAACGUAGGUUCAUCGUAUGAGUAUUUGGAAAUGCGUUUCAGUUCCAGUGUACGAAGCAUUGCAUCAUUUAUGUUUGUGAUGGACGAGAUAUUUUUCUUGCCUAUAAUUUUGUACGUACCGGCAAUAGCAUUUAAUCAAGUCACAGGCGUGAAUAUAUACGUUAUAAGUGGAGUCAUUUGUGUAGUUUGCGUGAUUUACACAUUAAUUGGUGGCAUAAAAGCCGUCGUCCACACGGAUGCAUGGCAAACAUUAGUCAUGUUCGUGGCGUUAUUGGUUGUGGUCAUACUGGGAACGAUAGCUGCGGGUGGACCUGGACCAGUAUUUAAAAAUGCCUCCGAAGGUGGACGGCUUAUUUUCUUUAACAUAAAUCCAUCGUUAUAUGAAAGACAAACAUUUUGGGGUGUUUUGAUUGGUGGAUUCUUCUAUUGGACCGCCUUUAAUAGCGUGAACCAGACGAUGGUGCAACGUUACAUGUCGCUGCCGACAUUGAAGAGAGGUCAAACUUCGAUUACCAUUUUUACCUUGGGUGUUGUGCUAUUUCUAUCAGUCUGCUGCUUUGCCGGUUUGCUGGUUUUCAAUUUUUACCGAAACUGUGAUCCAUUAACAGCUGGACUUAUAUCGAACGACGAUCAGUUACUACCGAUAUAUGUAAUGCAAACUGUUGGCCACCUACAAGGCAUACCCGGCUUGUUCAUUGCUGGCGUUUUCGGUGCAGCUCUAAGUUCACUCUCGGUCGUACUCAAUUCAACGGCUUUGGUGUUUCUACAAGACAUUGUGCGUGGAAGUUUUAAAGUGAAACUGAGCGAAAGGGCAACAACAGUGCUCGUUAAAAGUGUGAUAGUCAUCCUGGGCAUAGUUGCUAUGGCGUUGGUUUGUGUACUUGAAAAGUUGAGUGGUAUUCUGAGUGUUGCGACUUCGGUGACUGCCAUUGCGGGCGGAACAACUUUUGGUAUCUUCACUCUCGGUAUGUUGGUGCCAUGGAGUAAUACGAAGGGAGCUUUAGCAGGCGCUGUGGCAGGAGCACUUAUGUCUGGUUGGGUAUCGUUUGGAUCGCAGGCAGUCAUAGCUGCCGGCCGUGUGGGGUUACACAAGUUGGAGGUUUCCGUAUCGGAAUGUUUAAAUAAUUCCACUAUACCUGAGAAGGAUUAUGGUGAUGAAUCGGAGGUAUUUCCUCUGUAUCGUUUAUCCUUUCAUUGGAUUACUGUGAUUGGUGUUUUGUCAACGCUGCUGGUCGGCACUAUAGUUUCUUUUCUAACCGGACCUACUGUGGUGAAAAAAUUGGAUGCUGAACUAAUAUCUCCCGUUAUUCAUAGAUUUUUACCGAAAGAAUGCUUCCCCCCACCCAACGCAAAUGCUGAUAUAACGCGGGACCACACCGCGCAGACCUUAACACAUCUUUUGGCUAACGGAGAGGCUUCAAGUAACGCGGGCAGAUAUUAGAUUACAAAUUUGUCGAGAAUUCGAAUCCCUUAUUUUAUUACUUAAUAGAAUUUUACUUGAGAAAGGCCAAGCAGAGCACAAGCAGAUUGGAUGAAAACGAAAUCUAAAUCAUAAAAAUGUGUACUUUAAGUCCAACUAAAUAACAGUUGCAUUUGUAGUUAACAAACUAUACAUACGUAUUUACCAGUUAGUAUGUAAAUGUAUUUGUAUUUUGUAAGUAGGUCUGUACUUUGUAAUUGAAAAAGUUUAGUAAAAAUUCCAGCAUCGAAUUUUGUUAUAUGUAAAUCUACAUUUAUAUUGUAGUAAAUGUAACAUUUGUAUGUAUGCAUGUAAUUUGCAGCUGGAACUCUUAUGUACAAAAACUCUAUUAACUGUAAAAUGUAACAUAGUAAAAAGACAAGCAUAUACAUGUGUGUAUGUGUGUAUGUAGAUAACAUUUCCAAUAGCCAAAAAACACGUGCACAAUUCAUGAAAUGUCCAUUAGUUGGUUGAUAGCUAUUAUGUAACACACCUAUUAUUUUAGUUUGUAAAUGUGGUCAUUGGAUACGAAGGCUGCUUUAUGUAUAUGUUUUGCGCCUGACAAUUUUGUUAUCGAAUUUUUUUUUUUUGUUUUUAAAAAUGUUUAUAAGCAAAGAAUUAUUAAUUAACAUUACAUUUUUUCAUGGGCUCAAACAAUUUUCGAAUUUUCCUAAAUUUUGAACGCUUCAAUAGUUUUUUCGGGCGUCUGAAAACGUUGCAACAAGCAAUUUUGCUGUGUGAGAAUAAAAUGAAGUAAUUGAGCCCCAAAUCAGGUUGUUGCCUUGUUGUUAUUUUAGUAGCAUAAAUUUUCCCCAUAAAUGUAGGGGAAAUGCUACUGAAGUGGCAGUCGUUGGCUGGUUAUAAAUGCGAGUCGUUCCGAUAACGUAGAACCGUCAGUCGUGGGAACGUUCCAAAUCAGGUUCCUUUGGCAGAUUACUCCUUAAUUUGGUGUUUUUGCUAGUGAGGAGUGUUCGCAUUGCCGUUUCGAUGUGCUAUGGCGUCGACGCUUCUUCGACUUUUUUCUACUGUCACCAAAGGCUUAUGGCAAGCAAAUGGAUGUGCACUAGACUGGGUCCUGUAAAAAAGUUUGCAAUUACCCACUAACUUGAAAGCUUACUUUCAGAGAAUUUUAGUGCCAUAAAAACGUUCGUCCUAAAAACAGCAAAAUAUCUUGUGAACUCUGUAUCUAUCACACUUUGGAAUCGAGUUAUAAAUAAAAGAGUUAUGCAGAGAACUCCAGUUUGACUGUUUUUAAGGCUCGCCAAGGAUAAAAAUUUGUAUGACCCUAAACUUCUCUUAAAGUAAGCUUUCAAACUAGGAGCGUUAACUGCAAAGUUUUUCCUGCCGCAUGGGACUGAUCUGGUCUAUUGUAUUUGGAGUCGAAAUUAAUGCAUAGAUAAAAAUGAAAUCUACUUAUCUACUGCUACUACCUGUUCAAGUCACAUUGAUAUAUAUACAUAAAUAAGGCUGGUACAGGAUUUUUCAAUAGGUGCGCUUAAAUUUUAACAAUGACCAUUGUACCAACUUGAGGGAAUUUUGCGGGUCUACUUUUUGAGUAUUGACAUUUAUUAACCAUGGAGCGCUGCACGAUUCAACCACUGGUUAAGUGGCUUCGCAAAUAAGCAAAAUUGGCAUAUUUGGACCGAUCAAAAUUCACGAGAGUUUUAUCAGCUGGUUUUCCUUUCCGAAAAAAAACACUUUGCUUUGGUUUUUCGUCCGAUGUAGUUGCGUUCGUGUGCCUAAUACCGCUCGUCUAUUUUUGUGGGGUUUACGUGAAAUUUCUGGUCAAUGCACAUAAAGCACAGACUAUUGAUUCUCUGAAGACCAACGAAAUUCACAUUCUUUAUGAAAUUGGAGAUGCUAUCCAAAAGUGACCCACUAGAAUGCGCCACAUACAGCGUAGCCAGGGCAAUUCUGGCAAAAUCGAGAGCUCUUAACGAAAAGCCUUAUAUCUGGUAUAUGCAUAAAAUGAUUGCUCAAUAUUACAUACGAUUUGUGACUCCCUUCUAUAGUAAAAAUAAAACCAUCAUGUGAACUGUACUAUUUUUGUAGCUAAUUACUAACUGAAUAUGUACAAUUAUCGGCCAAUUACGAAUGUCUGUGAUAAUGCUUGGUAUCUGCAUAAAGGAUUUAAAGAAAAACUAGACAAUAAAAUAGAAUUUAUUAUAAAAUUUCAA